AUGACCGCUCAACUCGGUUACCACUUUCUCACCACGCACUGGCUUUCAUCAUCUCGCUUUAACCAGCUUUCGCCGACGCUCGAUAUCUCCACCGCUGUCGUUUCAAUCAAAAAGAGCGGCGCUAUCAUGAAGUUCUCUCGGGCGGGAUACCUCCUUGUCGUCGGCUAUACAACUGUGUCCGUUGUCCACACGACCAAGAGUCUUUUUUCUACUCUUCUCUCAAGCCCGGUCAAGGACAUUAUUCCGCCGUUCUCAAGCUCGCCCUUACGGAUAGCCAAGGAAACAUGGGAUCCUGGUUUAUCCAGACCAUUGGACAGUGGUGUAAAGUCAGAUCACCAUCAUCGGGUGCAGCUGAGCUCUGGGGAAUUGCUAGGCUCUUAUCUGGCAGACAACUCGAAUGGCUCUUCUGGUUCCUUCUCGCACGAUACUGGCCUUCUUCGCUCAACCUCUGUCGAUGACGUUCUGUUUUCCAAAGCGUUUGCUACUUCGAUGCGACCCAGUCAAGUUGUACCUUAUUUCUAUCGGGCGACUGGUCCCUUCUCGGAGGAUGAAGUGACGAUCACGAGUAUUAUCACUAGCGACAGACUGGAUGUCUUCGCACGACUUGUCGAGAGAUAUCAAGGACCGAUAUCCGUCACCUUCCAUGUCAAGAACAGCACGCAACAGCAAGUGUCCCAAAUCCUGGAUUAUCUGCAGAAGAUCGUCACAGCCUCGGAGACUGUGGUCCGCUUCGCUGACAUUCACCUGGUUCUCGACUCUUUUGACCGGCAGUUCAACACUUGGAGGAACAUCGCUCGCCUCUUCGCUCGGACAAACUUUGUCAUGAUGCUGGAUAUUGAUUUCUACCUGUGCACAGAUUUCCGUCUCACUCUUCGAAACAAUCCGUGGGUGCGAGCUAAGCUGGAGGAGGGCUUAUCUGCAUUCGUAAUUCCUGCCUUUGAAUACACGGAUCCUCGGCAGGAAAAAGGAUUUUCUACAUUUCCUACUACAAAACAGGAUCUUCUGUCAAAAAUCAAGGCCGGAACAAUAUCCAUGUUCCAUGCGUCUUGGAAGCCUGGACACAAUAGCACGGAUUAUCCCAAGUUCUACAAUGCACCAGCGGGCGACGUUUACAAGGUGACCACGUACCAAUCGGCGUACGAGCCGUAUGUCAUAUUCAAGAAGGCUGGACCUCCAUGGUGUGAAGAGAGAUUUGUGGGAUACGGGGGUAACAAGGCGGCUUGUCUCUUCGAAAUGUAUCUUUCGGGCAUGAACUACUAUGUACUUGCGGACCAUUUCAUCAUCCAUCAAAAACACUUGUACGAAGAGUCGGCUCGUCGUACCGAGCGCAAGUAUAAUAGAAAAAUCUAUGCGAGCUUCAAGGAGGAGGUUUGUUUCAGGUAUCUCAGAAGUUACCGGGACACUGGUCGGCUCAACACGACACGAGCGAGGAAUGCCAUAAGCGAAUGCAGAAAACUAAAGCCGAUCAGAAUGGGGGCACCCCAGCUGCUGGGUGAUUAA